UGCUCGCGGGACGAGGAACCCGACCGGCAGUGUCCCAUCUGCCUGGGCGAGAUCCAGAACAUGAAGACGCUGGAGAAGUGCCGACACUCGUUCUGCGAGGAUUGCAUCACGCGGGCGCUCCAGGUGAAGACCGCUUGCCCCAUGUGCGGGCGCUUCUACGGGCAGCUGGUGGGCAACCAGCCCCAGAACGGGCGCAUGCUGGUCACCAAGGACUCCAGCCUCCUGCUCCCCGGCUACGAGAAGUUCGGCACCAUCAUCAUCCAGUACGUCUUCCCACCCGGCGUCCAAGGGGUGGAGCACCCCAACCCGGGCGUGCGGUACCCGGGCACCACGCGAGUGGCCUACCUGCCCGACUGCCCCGAGGGCAACAAGGUGCCGGGGCUGUUCCGCAAAGACUUCGACCAGCGCCUCACCUUCACCGUGGGCACCUCCAUGACCAGCCCCUUGAGGAGACCCAAGUGUCCGGCUGCCUCCCACCUUCAACCCGUGGUCACCUACUCAGGGGUCUAG